AUGGUGUCGCAGAACCUUUAUCUCUCUUACAAGAGAGACACAAAAUACUUGUUGUAUUGGAUGAUCAACGUGUCCAAUCGUCUCCACAGAUCCACUGAUGGAGAAACUCAAUUGGCCGCCUCUGUCAACACGACAGGUCAUACCACAGUCAGUGGCCUGAUUUCUAUGUCGACACUCAUUUCGCAGCACAAUGAGCCUGUACCGAAUGUCAUUUACCGGCUUUUCGGAUCCAUCAUCCAGGCGAGAUCUUUCGUUAGCACUACGUUUCAGGAGCUUAUGGGGCCUGAUUCGGACGAGGAACUCAAGCGAAGUAACGAAAGUCACCGACAUUUCAUAAACACUCUUCGCAGUGCCUUCAAGAUCCUCGGCGGCGAAGAAUGGGAAAAGACGAACGCUACGACCAACGAUGAUACCGAGGACGUUGAACAGAUCCUGUUCGCCAACAAGUUCCAAGAAUUGAGUGUCGACAAAGAAGGAGAGUCGAGCGACGAAGAGGAUGAUUUCUCUCAACCACAAUCACCAGUCGCUGCACGAAAGGUCUCGCGAAGGCCAAAGGGCAAAGGCAAAAAGGCAAGGAAAUACAAGAAGCCAAAGAAGGGCAAGAAACAAGACACGAAAGAUCCCGCGACCGACGAAAUACCAAUUGAGAGCAUUCGAAUUAUCGAGGACAAUGGCAAGGUCGGUCUUGUUACAGAUUAUCUACUCGCAGUCUACUCAACUGUCAAAGAAUGGGCCGACCUUCGUGCUUACACUCAAACUCUCUGGAAAGAGGUUGCAUACGAAGGUCUCAACAGCGCCGUCGCAGGAGCUGUAAGCAAUUUGGCAAUCUCCAUGGUCAAGCGCACCAACGCGGCUAUCUUCGUCGACUUUCCGGGUCACGACACGUACGAAACCAUCAUGAACACCAUCACUCGAGGAAACAUGCAUAGAGCACAGGGGAAGUUCAGGCUUGCUCUUUUCGCACUAGGCCCGGAUGGUGAACAGCAAAGCCAGAAGGAGACAGCCGUCGACAUCAAGGAGCAAUUUCUCAUUCACGCGUAUCAGGACUUGAGGGACUUUGUUCUUGACUUUCAGGCCAAUCGUACCGGCAAGCCGACAAAGGCCAUGCAGGCAAAGAUCUCCAAAUGGGAUCCAAAUUUCAAUUUGGAACGGGCUACGAAUGAGGAGCGAGUCAACUGGCGCCGCUGCUAUACCAUAAAAUGGCUCUACGAUCUUGUUAAUGUAUUCUCAUCUAUUGUGGUUCAGAGAAACACGGUCAGAGGAGAAAAGCAUGUCUACGAGAACGUGGACUGGUCUGCGAACGGUCCCUGGGGCGUCCACCGAGUCCUCUUCGGCCUGAACGAAUUCGCAGGCGAUAUCACCAACAUGGCUAUGAAGAAGCCCGGAACCGACAUCACCAAGAUAAUUUAUCCGCACCACGUUUUCCAGAUGCAGUGCAUCGUCGAUUCGUUUACUGUUUCUCGCGGUUGGUCGUUGAGUGCUCUGCACGGUCAUAUGCUUGAACCACCAGCAAAGAAAGGUCGUGCCAGACGAGAUGUCGACCUCUUUCUUGAUCGACAGAACAAGCGCGUGUUUGCUGGGUACUGUCAGACUGUCGAUUUACUCAAACAGAUUCUGGAGAAAGACGGAAAGAUGGCUCAGCAUAAAGACUUUUUUGAGAUCAUAAAGAUCGCUCAGCUUGAUUUCGUCGACUUUCUUGGGGAGCACAAGUACAUGACUGGUCUCGAUACCAUACCACCAUCGCGCUUUGCAGAUCACAAUGCGAAUGGUCUGCAAGAGUAUUCGCCGUUCCUUUGUGGGGUUGGGCUUGAAGAAGGUCUUGAGAUCGCUUACAGACUUGGCAUGUUCCUCUGGGAACGUAUGCCUGAGCCAACGCUGAUGAUCCAUCUUCACAAUGCUGUUGUACAAAAGGGGUUUCUCUUGCGACCUGUCGGACUGUGUGCUACACUAGAGGAUCUGUUCAAGCAUACGUUCUUCGCACAGGGUCGCAAGCCGAAAUCGGGUUUUGUGGAUGCUCUGCUCGCCAGUGUUGGACAGCCGGGGUCGAGACAGGCGCAGGCGCAGAGACAGGCGAUUCGGUAUAGAAGAAGGUAUGCCGAGACCGUUCAUCAGCUUUUUGACCUGGAGAUCAACCAAAUUUUCAAGAGGAACUCCAUGCUCACCACUUGUCGUCGGGCGGGUUGGAAUCUCGAGGCCAUUCCUGAUGAGGAGCUUCAAUUUGGCAGCAUGCUGUUCUUCGAGCGACUGAGUAGAGCAAAGCACGUGAGCGAAAAGGAGCUCGAGGACACAGUCCUUGUUCGGAAGGCGAGAGCAGUUGGAAUGACCGAUAAGGAGAUUAUUGACGCAACAAGAAAACUCUCUUCCGUUGCGAAUAAUACGCUGGAGGUACCAGAUGAAGUCUUGGACAAAUACGCACCAGAAGGCUUUCAGUUACCUCCAUCAGCUGGAUCAGAAACCCUUGACGGCCGCGAUAUUCUCGAACUGGCUAAAUUCGACAUUCUCUCCGACGUAGCGGGAAUCGCGCCAGUUUCGAGCCUUAACUAUCUCGGCGUCACCUGCUGGCUCCUCAUCACUUUUGGGCGUAUUGAGGAGCGCCUGAAAGAAGCCGGAAACCCUGUGUACUUUGAGGCAUAUGAAGGAUCUGGGCCUUGGAAGUCAGAGAAGAGAGUUGCUCUCGCGUUACUCGCGCUGAAGGGAGACAAUGAGGAGUGUUUAAGAAUUGUUGCUGAUACAUUGAAUGAAGCUCGUUCUGGAUUCAUGGAUUUUAUCUACUGGGAGGAUCUGGAGACGGAGCCGAGAGAGAGAGAAGCAAAUGUGGAUCCUAGUCUUGGUAAUGAGUGCACUGUUAUGUGAAUGGGGUUUGGGCCUGUUGGGGAAUAAGAGUAAUGAUUCGGUCUUCGUAUGCUAGGCUAGAAGUUUUGGUCUUUAGAAAGAAAGAAAGUCCUAGCCCAAAGAAAAAGAUGCACUAAUCAAGGUUAUUCACAG